CGGGUUAGUAUCGUGGUAUGUUGUACUGUAGUCGUCUUCCGUAGAUUGCAUACUUUAUAUCAGUUACUAGUCAUAGUUCGUUGUUUUUCACGGCGUUCUAACAUCGUGAUAUCAGUAAAAAGCUGUUUUUUUAAUAUCAUGGAAGACACGGCUGACACUUGUAAUAGCAUCAUCACUAAGAAGAGGGAAGACUACCUGGAAUGGCCUGACUACUUCAUGGCUGUGGCCUUCUUGUCAGCACAGAGGAGCAAAGACCCCAACUCACAGGUGGGUGCCUGCAUUGUGAACCAGGAGAAUAAGAUUGUUGGUAUUGGCUACAAUGGUAUGCCCAAUGGUUGUGAUGAUGACCAGUUGCCUUGGGCUCGAUCAGCUGACGACCGACUGGACACUAAAUAUCCCUACGUGUGUCAUGCAGAGCUCAAUGCCAUCAUGAACAAGAACAGUGCUGACGUGAAGGGCUGCACCAUGUAUGUUGCGCUGUUUCCCUGCAAUGAGUGUGCUAAGCUUAUCAUCCAAGCAGGAAUUAAGGAAGUGGUCUAUCUUUCUGAUAAGUACCAUGACACACCAGAGAUGACCGCCUCAAGGAGACUACUCAACAUGGCAAGAAUACAGUACAAGCAAUUCCAGCCCAAGAGGACUUCGAUUGUCAUUGAUUUUAAUUCCAUUAACCAUCCACCGCUGCUGAACAGCUCGACAAAGUAAAAAUAUAAAUCUCUGAUAACGGGGAGCCGCUGAAUGAGAACGACAUGACACAGAAUGGAGACACUUCCUGCCUUUUUUUUAAUGUUUUAGGCUGUCUUACUAUUUCAGCCUAAAUGAUUUGGAAGAAUGUAUUUUUCUGUUUUUACAACGUCACUUGAAAAACCCAAUGCUGGGGACCUUUCAAUGUGGGUUUAAGAACGUAAGAUCAGUUUAAGACGUUGAGUUUUGACAUGGCUAUUGGCACAUGGGGGGGCCAGACAUGUGUUUAUGAGUCUUUAUCUUGGUAUUUACCUCUUUUACAUAGUUUAAAGCCUAUCCCAGACACAGCAGUUGACUUUGCUGCUCAUAUUUGCUCCCUAUUCAUUAUCUGUUUUAAAUUGUCCGUAUUGGGACUCCACUGAAAUGGCAUCACCUGUACUGCUGCUCUACCUUUGCUGCAGGCACUUUCAGGUCAUGGUUCUAGAAUGAGCUUUUGGUUUUCCCAGCUACACCUCUUGAACAAUAUACAUGGAUAUGGUGCCUAAAAAGAGGCUGGGAACCAAAAAUAAUAUCAUUUGUUUCUAGUUAGUGUCUGAAGGAUGUUACUUUUUAAACUUUUAAGUACAUUUUUUGGUGUUGGCUUUCACAUUUGAGUGAGAUAGCGACCUCUGGUUGUAUGACUGCUUCUGUUGCUACUUUCCAACAUCAGAGGCUGCUAAUUGCAAAGCAGUACAGCCUAUCUUAUUGUUCCUCAACUUAUUUAUUAUAUCUUAUGCUGCUCAAUGGUGUGAAGGUUGCUAUGUGCAUUUUGCAACAUUGUAACACGUGCAACCAUGUCGACGGUUCACGGAAAAAUGUACAACUUGGGUGAAUAAAUCGGGUACACACACAGAAUGUUCCUUCAUUACACGUACGUACGAUGCAUCUCAAUGGCACAGAGUGUGCAACAUACUUUUUGUAACAUUUUGUGUAACCACGGUGACAGAAUUAACGAAAAAGUUGAAAUUAUUAGGUAAAAAAAAUGAAUGUGAAACCGUCAUAUGCGCCCCUUCUUCCAGGCCGUGUUGGCCAGUUGUUGAGGGUCACAGGACGAGACCAUGCAUGAGAUUGGGUCCAUGAGAACGACAUGAGAUGAGAUUUUAACAUUAAGGUGAAGAAAAGUGCAAUGAAAACAUAUGACUAGACAAACAGAGUCGCAGAACAAUGCAGGUGCUUUUUCAAACGUUUAUGAUCACACAAAUUGACGCUAAACUAUAUUAUUGUCAACAUUUUUGAGACCAAAUAAACCACUCUUAUGGUACU